UGGUUUAAUAGUUUCCCAACCUUAAAACAAACAUGUUCCCAUUGUAAAAUUGAAAAGUAAAUAGACCUUUUUCAUGACAAGAUUUGACCAGUUUUAAAUGCUGGGUCAUGUGAGAGACUUACUAAUAUGAUAAAUUAUUGUGUUGUGAAAUGGUAGGACAGCUCGGUAAGAUGAAAGUUCAAACAUAUCUUUCACUAAUUUUGUUCAUGUGUAUAAAUCUAAGUCAAAGCAGUAUUCCUAAAUCAGCAGGCAAUUCGAAAAUAGUUGGAGGAGCUAUUUCUAAGCUGGGAAAGUGGCCAUGGCAAGGGUUAUUGGUGUAUACACCAACCAAUCAAUUCUUUUGUGGUUGUUCUCUUAUUUCUGAACGAUACGUGUUAACUGCUGCUCACUGCACUGCUGGGUUAACCCAAUUCUAUGUAAUAUUUGGUGUGUUCGACCAGAAAAACUUGGAUGCUGGAUCGCAAUCUUAUUCACUUCUGUGGAAAAUCGAACACUCAGGCUAUGUACCGAAAACCUUUGAAAACGACAUUGCGUUGUUGAAGACUCGAAAGCCAAUCCUCUACACAGUCACCAUUAAAGCAAUUGCACUUCCAAGCCAAGGCAUCAACGUUCCCACUGGGACUGUAUGCUGGAUUACUGGAUGGGGCAAAACUUCAGAAAGUGCAACCUCGUCACCGUCAGUAUUACACGAAGCGCAAGUUCCUGUUAUCAGUCAAUCACAAUGCAGAAGUUGGUAUUCACCUAGUACAAUAUACGACGUUCAAUUCUGCGCAGGAUACGAGAUGGGUUCAGUCGAUACCUGUCAAGGAGAUAGUGGUGGACCACUAGUAUGUGCUACUUCUUCGUCUACCUAUGUCUUACAAGGGAUAACUAGCUUCGGUAACGGCUGCGCCAGACCAGAGAAACCAGGAGUGUAUACGAGAGUUUCGGAAUUUGUAGAUUGGAUUUUUGCAAAUACUGAUAUUGUUGGGGCAACAGAGCCAACAGUGACAACAAAUGCAACGGAGGGCACGUCUUCGAGCACGACAAGUUCGAGCAACCCGAAAUUAGCAAUGAAUAUUGGUGUACUUUGUCUUUGGUUAUCCAUAUUUUAUAUUCUGUGUCCUUAUAUUUUCAUUUAAUAAUUUAUUUUAUGAGAAAUACUGUGGAGAAGUAGGUUAGUUAUAAUCUAAUGUAGUCCAAUCAGAGCACGACUCUUCAGUUCAAUCAGUGUUUUACUUGUAUUUCCCGUGAUUUACAAAACGUUAUAUGCUGUAAGCAUGCAUAUUAAACUUUAUAAAUGUGUUCAGAUU